AUGAGAUCCAGUCCUGGCAACAUGCAGAGGAUAGUCAUCUGUCUAAUGGUCAUCUUCUUGGGGACAUUGGUCCAUAAAUCCAGCUCCCAACAUCAAGAUCGCUUCAUGAUUAGACUGCGUCAACUUAUAGAUAUUGUUGACCAGCUGAAAAAUUAUGUGAAUUUCUUGGACCCUGAAUCUCUGCCAGCUCCACAAGAUGUAAAGAGACACUGUGAGCAGUCAGCGUUUUCAUGUUUUCAGGAGACCCGGCUAAAACCUGCAAAUGCAGGAGAUAAUGAAAAGAUGAUCAACUUAUUAAUCAAAAAGCUGAAGAGGAAACUACCUCUCACAAAUGCAGGGAGACAACAGAAACACCGACUAACAUGCCCUUCAUGUGAUUUUUAUGAGAAAAAACCACCCAAGGAAUUCUUAGAAAGACUGAAGUCACUUCUCCAACAGGUAUCUACCUUGACUUACAUUUGA